GGCAGCGGGGCCGCCUCUGCGCCGGCGCCGUGGGACGCGCUGUCGGCCCGGCCGGGAGGAGGAGGAGGAGGAGGAGGAAGAGGAGGGGAGCAGCGGGCAUGGCGGCGCCCGCAGCGCUGCAGAGGAGCGUGGUGUCUCCCGCGGGCAGGCACACCGCCUCCCUCAUCUUCCUGCACGGCUCAGGUGAUACUGGCCAAGGAGCAAGAACAUGGAUAAAACAAAUUUUGAGUCAAGACAUGGCUUUUCAGCAUAUAAAAGUAAUUUACCCAACGGCUCCUGCCAGGCCAUAUACCCCUAUGAAAGGAGCCUUUUCCACUGUGUGGUUUGACAGGUACAAGAUAUCUAAUGACUGUCCAGAACACAUUGAAAGUAUUGAUUCUAUGUGCCGGGGACUUACAGACUUAAUCAACGAUGAGAUUAAAAAUGGCAUUGCAAAGAAUAGGAUACUAAUAGGAGGCUUUUCGAUGGGAGGUGGAAUGGCAAUGCAUUUAGCAUAUAGAUUUCAUCAAGAUCUGGCAGGAGUCUUCGCUUUGUCUAGUUUUCUCAAUAAAGACUCUGCUGUUUACCAGGCCUUGAAAAGAAAUGAAAGUGUCCUUCCAGAACUAUUUCAGUGUCAUGGAACUGCUGAUGAACUAGUUCUCUACUCAUGGGGUGAAGAGACCAACCAGAUGUUAAAGUCACUGGGAGUAUCAACAUCACUUCAUACUUUCCCCAACCUUAAUCAUGAGUUAAGCAGAACCGAAAUAGAAAAACUAAAAACCUGGAUUGUAAAGAAAUUACCUGCUGAAACAGCAAAGACAAACGAAUAAAAGAUGACACACCUUCCA